AUGCCUGUCGUGCCGCCCGAGAAGCUCAUCAAGCUUCAGCAUGCCGCCGAUGGCAUUCGAAACAUUUGCAUUCUCGCCCACGUCGACCAUGGCAAGACGUCGCUCUCAGACGCCCUCAUCGCCACAAAUGGAAUCAUCUCACCAAAGCUGGCUGGUAGGAUCCGCUACCUCGACUCGCGCCCAGAUGAACAGCUCAGAGGAAUCACCAUGGAGUCUUCGGCCAUCUCCUUGUACUUUUCACUCUUAAAACGUUCUGCGCCAGACGCUCAACCCGAGCAGAAAGAAUACCUCAUCAACCUCAUAGACUCCNNCCCUGGCCACAUUGACUUCAGCAGCGAGGUAUCUACUGCAUCGCGACUGUGCGAUGGUGCUGUUGUGCUGGUAGACGCCAUCGAGGGUGUCUGUAGUCAAACAGUCACCGUUUUGCGACAAUGUUGGAACGAGAAGCUCAAGCCUUUGCUUGUCAUCAACAAGAUGGAUCGUCUAAUCACCGAAUGGAAGAUGGGCCCUCACGAGGCCUACAUACACUUGAACAAGACCAUCGAGCAAGUAAACGCUGUCAUGGGUAGCUUUUUCCAAGGUGAGCGUAUGGAGGACGACUUGCGCUGGCGCGAGAGGGUCGAAGAGCGUGUGAGCGCAAAGUCCACAAAGGACACUGUCGUCGAUGAUGAUUCGAGUGUUCCCACCUCCGACGUCCCUGCCGAGUAUGAGGAGAAGAGUGAUGAGCACAUUUACUUUGCUCCCGAGAACAACAAUGUCAUCUUUAGUAGUGCCAUCGACGGAUGGGCUUUUACUCCUCGUCAGUUUGCUGCUAUUUAUGACAAGAAACUUGGCAUGAAGCGUGAGAUUCUGGAAAAGACUCUCUGGGGCGACUUUUACCUUGAUCCCAAAACUAAACGUGUGCUUGGAAGCAAGCACUUGAAGGGCAGGAACUUGAAACCCAUGUUUGUCCAGCUGGUCCUCGAGCCCAUCUGGGCCGUCUAUGAGGCCACCACUGGCGGAGAUCACGGAAAAGGGUAUGUUGCCAUGCCUGUCCGUUCACUAUGCGAGUUCAUCAAACUAACCCGAACAGUNGACCCCGCUCUCCUUGAGAAGAUCACAAAGUCAUUGAACCUUACCAUUCCCCAACACAUCAAGCGCUCACGCGACCCUCGUGCCUUACUAACCACAGUCUUUGCAAGUUGGCUACCUCUUUCUACAGCUCUGCUUGUGUCGGUAAUCGAACACUUGCCUUCUCCUGUCAAUGCUCAAGCAGCUCGUAUUCCACCUCUUCUGGAGGCUUCACCUGGCGCUGACCAUAUCGAUCCCAAGGUAACUACUGCCAUGACAGAAUCGAGAAAGUCAACAGAACAACCUGUUGUCGCGUAUGUCAGCAAGAUGGUAUCGGUGCCCGAGAGUGAACUUCCCAUCAACAAGCGACGAGGUGGUGCACUCACCGCAGAAGAAGCUCGCGAGCUGGGUCGUAAGAAGAGAGCCGAAAUCGCCAAGGCACAAGCCCUUGCAAAUGGUGAGAAUGCCGAUGUUGACGAUAUUGCCGACGCUCUUAGCACAGUGGCUAUUGGGGAGGACGAUGACACCGACUCCGCGCCUCAAGGUGAAGAAACAGAGCAAGAAGACAAAGAACAUCUCAUCGGUUUUGCACGUCUCUAUUCUGGUACCUUGACUGUCGGUCAGGAGGUCUAUGUCCUUCCGCCCAAAUUUACUCCCGCCAAUCCGAGGGCCGCUCCCGAGCCCAAAAAGGUUACAAUUACUGCUUUGUACCUUCUCAUGGGUCGCAGUCUGGAGGCUCUCAACUCUGUUCCCGCAGGCUCCGUCGUCGGUAUCGGUGGUCUCGAGGGUGCUAUUCUGAAAUCGGGCACUCUUUGUUCUCAGCUCGACGGCGCACCCAAUCUCUCAUCGUCCUCUGCUAUCAGCACAAAUGCUCCCAUUGUCCGCGUUGCGGUCGAGCCUGCGUGGCCGGCAGAUUUGGACAAGAUGGUCAAGGGUCUACGUCUGCUCGAACAGGCCGACCCUGCAGUCUUGUACGAACAACUCGAGAGUGGUGAGCACGUUAUUCUUACUGCUGGCGAGUUGCAUCUGGAACGCUGCUUGAAGGAUCUGCGUGAGCGCUUCGCCAAAUGUGACGUUCAAGCUGGAGAAGUCAUUGUGCCCUACAGAGAAGGUAUUACCAACUAUGUCGCCUCUUCGACCACGGAAAACAGAGAAGAGAUGAACCCGCCCAAAUACCCCGAGCUGGGCAGAGGUAGAGUCGAUGUUGUUACCACCAGUAAGCAGAUCACGGUGCGCCUGAGUGUACGACCUCUACCUGAAACGGUCACGCACUUCCUCGUCAAGAACACGGCUGCGGUCAAGAGGCUGUAUUCCGAGAAGAAAGCAGUGCAACAAGAUACACCUGUUGUUACCGAGGAGGUUGACGGACAUGAAUCUGAACAUGAAGCCGGCAAUGAUGUCGGCACUGUCGAGUUGGGCCGAACAUUGUCCAUGGAUGAAUUCAAGGCUCAGCUGAGUUCAGCAUUUGCCGAGAUCAAGGGUGAGAGCGAGAUCUGGCAGGAUGCAGUCGAGAAGAUUACAGCAUUCGGACCUCGUAGAGUAGGACCCAACGUUCUGAUCGAUGCCACUCAGGGAGGUAUCUGCGGCAAAUUGUAA